UUGGGUGACGAGAGCCUGCUCACUUAUUCUCUUGCAUCUCUCUCAGGUAAGUCUCAUGGGUUGAGUUACUUAUAGGGGGUUGUGGAGAGUGUUUGAAUGCAAAUACCACUCUUUUCAGUUGAAAAUUUUCCUUUUUGGGGGUCUGGGUUUUGAAAACAAAGUGGUGAAAUAUUAUCGAUAUUGACAUGACCAAGUUUUCUGGGUUCUGGGUUUUGUUCUUGGUGGUUGGGACACCUUUCAUGUUCCUUCACUGCUCCGGUUCCUCAAUUCCUGAUAUGGUCUUCACCCAUCAUGUGGGUAGUGUUACCAUGAAAGCAACAAGCAGGAAGCUGAAGGUGAAUGGCUAUGAGCAUAACUUAGGCACUGAUAAGAAGAUCAUUGCAGGGAAUGUAAAUUUGGAAGAUUAUCAUCCCAUUGAUCCAGUUCCAAGUUCAAAGGCUUCCAUAAAACCUGGACCUAUCCAACAUGGCACUCCUCUUAUUCCUUACAUUCCAAAGCCCUCACCACCUGGCCAUCCCAAGCCUGGUGGGUUUUUUUAGCUUACCAUAUAUAGAACUAUUUCUACAUAGUGUCUAUGCUAGACACCUGAAGAAUGUAGUACCUCAUAUUUCUCGUGGUUGUUCAAUUACCCUGUUUGUUGUGGUCCUCAUAUGGCCAUUGCUUAUGAUAUUUAUGUGUUUGUUAUUAUUAUGGGCCUGUAUCUGGUAAAUUACUAAA